AUGACAGCAAUAUGUUUCGUUUGCAACCUACCAAUACUGUCGCAUCAAGUGGGCUUGGUUUGGGCUGGAGGCAACGGCUGGGACGAGCUGACACGAUCUACCUUAGAAGAAUCCACUCUCAGACAGAGACUCGGCAGUCGGAGGGAUUCGGCAGCGCAAGUGUCUUGCCUAUCACCGCCGGAGCCAGACGUCGAAAAUCAACCCAGAGGUGGACCCCGUCGCCGCCGCUCCUCUUUGGCUCAAUUAACCGAUAUACUGCGCGAGUGGGGUGGCGGGGGCAGCGCGCCCCGACGCCAGCGGGCCCCGCUCUCCCGGCGAGAGACCCUGGCGGACCUCGCCCGCUCCCUGCCUUGGGCGCGGCACGAACCACCACCGAGGCGCCGACGCGAUUCUUCUGCCGACUCAGGCAUCAAAUCCAUGGCCUCCAAGCGCCGUGACUCAAAAGCACCUCAAGAUUUUCGCGCAGAUUUUCCCAACUGGGACCGCAAAGAUUCAAUAACCAUCAUGCCUACCAGAGAACGACGUAUCAAGAGACGUGGCUCUGAAGAAAAUAAGGAGCGCAGAGACUCAGUAGAUGGACAUCGCCACCGUCGUGACUCUGUCGCAGCACCUCCUAGGAUAGUAGCGACCCAUAGAAAAAGGCGAACAUCACCCCCAACUCCAGCACCACCAUCUUUUGUUGAUGCAUCUUCUGAUCCUGGACCCUCUACACAUAUGCCGUGCGUGACUGUAGUUGCUAUUCAUGAACCAAGCCGAUCCGAUGGAGAGUGCCAACCUACGAUGACAAUGCCCACUAUCAUUACAUCUGCUGUGACACCCUCACCUACAUCACCUACACCACCAAACAGUAGUGCCACUCAAACAGUGCAGACUUCCCAAACAACACAAUCAGCUCAAGCUACCCAAGCCACUCCUGGCGGCCGGUCUCCACCAAACUUAGGUGGUCGUCGGGAUUCCACUACCCAAUGCGGUCGUGCUCGAAGAGAUUCUAGAGCUGCGGCCAGUCCAGAACGAAGACUCGGUAGGCUACAACGCCAAGCUACUGCCUUUGAUGAUCCAAUAGGACCACCUGGUACUAGACGUAGAGAUUCGGGGCCAUCACUAGGUCCUGACGAUGAAGGAAGGGCGAGAAGAGAUUCUUUAAGCCCUGACUCUGCAGUAAGGCCAAGAAGAGAACGCUCCCAACUAAGUCCUGAUCGUGCUGGAGGAGGUGAGUUAAGUCCAUCAGCUGCAAGGCGACGAAGUCGACUACGGAGACAAGCAUCAUGUGCCAGGAUGGGCCGAGCACGAAGCCCAGAAUCUAGCUCGUGCUCGAGUAGAGAUCCUAGUCCUUGUGCUCGGCCACCUGAGAGGACAAUGAUCCGUAGACAAUCUACUACUGAAGAAAUACUAAUAGCCAGAGGCUUUCGCCGGCAGUCGACUACUGAGGAAAUGAUUAGAUGCAGGAACUUUCGACGACAAAGUUCGCAAAGUGAUGAUGCUUGUAUGCGAGCGCGCGGUCGUCGGGACUCCUCAACACAAAUACUAGAUGGAACUAUUGGGACCAUGACCGUUGAGACUACGAGCACGUUCUUCGAUUCCAGCACACAAACUGAACCAUCCCCCCUAUACGACAACAACCACUACCACGAGGAAUGUCUCCGCUGCAACUCCUGCGGGCUGAACCUCACCGGGCCCAACCAGAAACGCGCUCGCCGUUUCAAGAACCAGAUCCUGUGCGACUUGCACUUCGCGGACGUGGCGCUGAUGGAGUGCAGUGACUUCAUGCAGCAGCUGCGCAGCUUCAAACCCCAGUCCUUGGGCUGCGCCGUGGCCAGGCGCAAGUCUUCCACCACGCUCAUAUUCCCUCUGCCGCCGCAGGCUUGCUCAGAUGAAUUCUGCGAAGAGUACCCACAUAGCCUGAUCCCUACUCCCGGCUACUGGAUCGAGUGCUCGCGACAGAAGAUAGCCACGGACACCAUUUGGGACGAAUCCGAGUCGGAACACGACAGUGGACCUGACCGGGAUGAUAACGAUCGCCACAGAAGAUCAGGGUCUCUCGACGAGGCAGCCGAAGACAGUAGUGACAAUGGAGGCAGCACACCAAAGAAGAAAACAGCCAUCGAGGAACAGUGGGAGAGGUCGGGAGGCUUCGAGCUUACCUCGGUGGAACAAGAAACUUAUGAGAAGUACUUCUAUGGAACUGAGCAUUGGAACUACUUCACGAAUGAUGAAGACUUGGGGCCCGUUAUACUGUCGAUUAAGCAGGAGACGCUUAAUGGCAGGGACCAGUUCAGGAUCUUAGUCCGAGCAAUAAGCUACACAGUACACGGGCUGAUUCCUGCAUCAUGCGUCUUCGCCGACCGGUACAACCGUGAGGAGGUGGUGCGUUCGCUCGGCAAGGAGGUCAACAUCAACCCGCCACUCAUGCUGGGUCAGCUGCCCGACACGCCCGAAGAACUGCUCAAGCUGGACCAGGUAUUCAUAAAGUCUGAGCUCAAAGUCGGCGUUAUAUACGUGAAGGAAAACCAGUACACUGAAGAAGAGAUUCUGGACAAUAAUGAAAACUCACCAAUGUUUGAAGAGUUCUUACAAGUAUUAGGGGAGAAAGUCAGACUUAAAGGUUUCGACAAAUACAAAGGAGGUUUAGACACAGUACACGACCUGACGGGCUUGUAUUCCGUCUAUACAAACUGGAGAGGAAUUGAAAUCAUGUUUCACGUAUCGACUCUAUUGCCUUACGAGAGACACGACCCUCAAAAACUACAAAGGAAGCGGCAUAUAGGGAACGACAUUGUUUGCGUCGUGUUCCUGGAAGCCGAUAACACUGCAUUUUCCCCUGCUUGCAUCAAGAGCCACUUUUUGCACACGUUUAUACUAGUCCGAGUAUCAGCUAAGAUCAAGCGUCGUCCAACACGAUACGAAGUGUCAGUGGUAACGCGAGAUGAAGUGGGCGCGUACAAGCCUUACUUGUGGGAACAGAGCGUCUUUGACAAAGGACCUAUGUUCAGGGAAUGGUUACUCACAAAAAUAGUGAAUGGAGAAAGAGCAUCGUAUUCCGCGCCCAAAUUCGCAAGAAUGCAAGAAAGAACGCGUAGCCAAAUGCUUGAAGACAUUGUAGCUAACUUACAGAAUCAUGCUGAGACUGGACAAAUACCCAAACCGUACCGAAGAGGUUCAUGGCGUCCCAUCGGUCACAUGCGACCAUCCUCACCUCUACUGGACUCAGUGCGGGACCAGUUCGAAGACUAUGACCAGCUCGCCAAGGACUUCACACGAGUCUUCCUCAACAGCGAGCUCAACAUGGCGCAGAACGCUCAACUGUUUGAUGUAGUCUUCUUAGUGGGCCAGUCUAAGCAGAAGACCAAGUUUAUUGGCGUUAGGGCCAUUCUUGGUGUUAGGAGCAGGGUGUUCCAAGAGAUGUUAUAUGGCAUACAAACCGGCUUCGGGUCGCCUCAAGUCCCGGUGGCAGAACUUUUGGCGCGUCCGGCUCCAACCUUGCUGUCCCCUACUCCUGCUAGACAAAAGAGCAGCAACUUCUUACAAGUUCCCGACAUUGAAUCACCUAGACCAAAAAGCGUACCAAGUUCGCCGAUGGUGAAGCGCGCUUUCUCCCGCCUCGGCACCAUCACGGCGGGCUGGGGACGCUCCAUACGCAAACAACAUUCCCAACUUAACGCGGAAGACAAAAAGAAAUGGGCUAGUUCCCAGGACUGUUCCAAUAAAGAAGGAAAAGAUAAGGAAAAAGACAAAAAUGCAGCACUCGCUGUACCAAGGCUAUCAGUAUGCGCCGAUGCUCAAAAAGUAGAUCGCGCCAAGCUGGCACAAACUGAGUUUUCAAUAAUCGAAUUCGAUCCGGAGACGUUUCGCAUUCUUCUCGAUUAUUUGCACACCGGCAGCUGUCCAUUGACCUGCGCAUCGAUACCCGGACUCAUUUGCGCUGCGGAACAUUACGACUUGCCUGAAUUAUUACAAGCGUGUUUCCAUCAUGCCAAGCAGUUUCUUAGAAUAGAAGUGGUAUGCACGAUGCUCAUAUCAUUAGAGAAUUACUACUGGCGAUAUACGUCAGCGUCGGAAUUGGUAAACAUGAUCCUGGCAUUCAUUGAGCAGCGAGCUUAUGCCCUGUUCCAAACGCCAGAGUUCCUCAACUUAUCGGAGUCCAUGGUGCAGAUGAUCAUGUGCAGAAACCUCGAGGUGCCUGAAGUGAGGAAGUUCGAGGCGAUGCUCAGUUGGGCUCGAAACAAAAUCAAAGCCAAGUCCGCUAAUAAGACUGAUGCCAAAAAUGAAUUUAAAUGCACUAUGGAAAGAUUAGCUAGAGAUCUGAAACUGUACAGGAUCUCACCGCAGGAAUUGAUAAAAGUGGUGCUCCCGUCGAAGGCCAUCAAGAACGAGCGGAUCCUGGAGACCCUCAUGUACCAGGCCAACUCGGGCAUGUACAGGAUCCAGGACAGCUACAUCGAGGCCUGCCAACAGCGCCUUCAGAAACAGGACUCGAGGUUCUCGGAAUUCGAGAGUUUCGAUUAUGGUAUAUAAAACAUGGAGCUGUGAGAAAUAUCAGUGUAUUAGAUAGAUUAUGAAGAGUGACUGGGCUGGGUCCUUCUUAUAAUGUGGUAUGUUGACGCCUUCUAAAAGUAUUAUUGUUAUAGAUGUACUCGAGUACUGUAGAGGUGCGAGAAAUAUUUGUACACUUCUCGGAUACCUACUCCUUGUUGUUGUUCAUUGAUACCUAUAUUUUUUACAUCUAGCUAGAUGUGUUCAGCAUAAUCAUCUCUAUUUUUGGUACCAAAAAUUGCGAAUAAAACGUUCAUCGUCUGGCGAAGGAAUUUUACAUCAACAUAUUGUUUAUAUCCAUGUUAUAGCACGUUAUUGUGGUUUUUCGUCUAAUCGAUCAUGAAAGUUUCUCGAUAUAACCAACAAUACCACGAGAAGUAGAAAUAACAUAAUUGCCACUCAACGUCUUGUUCAAAUGCUACGGGAUUCUAGUAAACGACUGAAGCGGACCUGAACCUGUUAUUCGAAGUUGUACAGUAUAUAAAACUUGAUAUAAAUAUAUCAUCUUUAUAAAUGUUCACAAAUUACAGUAACUUGUACAAGAUGUACAAAUUAAUAUUGAAAAGUUAUCCGUAGAAUUAAAUUCAAUAUAUAAAUCCGUUGUGUAAGUCUCGUUCUUGAGACCUUUUCAAAAUAUUAUCAUAGAUAAUGCUAUUGCCUUCUGAAGUGUAUAGAAUGUUAUACCUACCUAUAUGUAUACUGUUGUUGUAUUUACGAUAUAAGCAAAUAAUUCAUGAAAUAUUGUCACCAAUUUUACCAUUUCUAAACUAAGCACAUAUUAAGUACCUAUUAUAUUAUCAUAAUUUACCAAUAACGAGAUAUUUUAGUGGAUUUUUUAAAAUAUAAAAGUUUUGCUACGUUUCAUACUUUCUUUAUUUGACAGGCUAAUGUUGUAUUAUAUAUUUUUUAACUCGUAUUAAGAAAAUUGGUGACAAAUUUUAUCUUUCGCACAAUUUUUAUCCAAAAACAAAGCUUUAAUUUUACCACUAACUUAAGCUCAGUUUUUACACAUUUCUGUAUCUUAUGAUUUAACAGGUUUAUUUUUUAAAAAAAUACUUAUUCUUCUAAUGUUAUACUCUUAAAUAAACGUUGAUUAUCCGGGCGUACAUGUAAAAUAUAGCCCGAAGCACAA